AUUUAAAGGGAAGCUAAUUUUCAUCAUAAAAUAAUAACAGCAUGAAAGGAACAUAGCAGGAAAGUGAACAAUUGUGCACAAAUAUCACGAUUCCAUUCCAUCAAAGAUUGAAUAGUCUAGUCUCCAUUUCUCAGGUCAAUAAAAGACCCACCCUCCUCUUCAAUUGUCAGCAGCUCCAUACACACAUAUACACACAUUCAAUUCACAUCUCUAUAAAAACACCACCCAAUUCAACUCCUUUCUGGCAUUGCAUCAUCAACUACCCACUACCACAAAAUCUACCUCAGCUGAAAAAUCAUUAUUCAAUUUUUCUUCUUACUGAUCCACAAACACUAAACCCAACAACAACAACAACCUAAGAUGAUGGCAUCUUCUACUAUCCCCUCUUCUUCCUCUUCCUGUUUCCAUCAACUACAAUUUCCAUCAUCAACAAGAAAACCCACCAAACCUUUCUCUGUUUCCCCCAUCAGAGCCUCUGUUUCAGAAAAACCCUCAUCGAUCUCAGUCCCAUCAGUGUCUGUGUCGUCGCCGGAGCCCACCAAGCUUCCGAUCCGCAAGAUCCCCGGCGACCAUGGCAUCCCCUUGAUCGGCCCCUACAAGGACCGCGUCGACUACUUCUACAACCAGGGCCGCGACGAGUUCUUCAAGAAACGAAUCCAAAAGUACCAGUCAACGGUGUUCCGCACCAACGUCCCACCAGGUCCCCUCAUCGCCAAGAACCCAAACGUCGUCGUCCUCCUCGACGGAAAAAGCUUCCCCACCCUCUUCGACACCGAGAAAGUCGACAAAACCGACGUCUUCACCGGCACCUUCAUGCCCUCCACCGAGCUCACCGGCGGCUACAGAGUCCUCUCCUACCUCGACCCGUCGGAGCCCAAACACGCCCAGCUCAAACGCCUCAUGUUCUUCCUCUUGAAAUCCCGCCGCGAACACGUCAUUCCGGAGUUCCACAUCGCCUUCACCGAGCUCUUCGAAAGCCUUGAAAAGGAGCUUUCGAAGAACGGUAAAGUCAGCUUCGGUGAAGCGAACGACCAGGCCGCGUUCAAUUUCUUGGCCAGGUCACUCUUCGGAGCGAACCCGGCUGAGACUGAACUCGACCUGGACGGGCCGAAGCUGAUACAGAAAUGGAUUCUGUUUCAGCUCAGCCCGGUUCUCAAAUUAGGCCUCCCUAGCCUCAUUGAGGAUCAAAUCCUCCGCAAUUUCCGCCUCCCUGCUUCAAUCAUCAAGAAAGACUACCAACGACUCUACAACUUCUUCUACCAGAGCUCGGGCUUCAUCUUCGACGAAGCCGAGCGACUAGGCGUUUCAAGAGAAGAAGCUUGCCACAACCUCCUCUUCGCCACCUGCUUCAAUUCGUUGGGUGGAAUGAAGCUGUUCUUCCCCAACGUUCUGAAGUGGAUCGGAAGAGGAGGGGUCAAGCUUCACUCGGACCUCGCAACAGAGGUCCGGACCGCCGUGAGAUCAGCCGGCGGGAAGGUGACAAUGGCGGCGAUGGAGAAUAUGCCGUUGAUGAAGUCCGUGGUGUACGAAGCCUUCCGUGUUGACCCGCCGGUGCCGUUGCAAUUCGGGCGGGUGAGAAAGGACAUGGUGAUUGAGAGCCAUGAUCACGCGUUUCGCGUGAAGAAAGGGGAGAUGCUGUUCGGGUACCAACCGUUUGCGACGAAGGAUCCGAAGAUAUUUGAGCGGGCGGAGGAGUUCGUCGGAGAUAGGUUCAUGGGGGCGGAGGGGGAGAAGCUGCUGAAACAUGUACUGUGGUCGAAUGGGCCGGAGACGGCAACUCCGACGGUGAACGACAAGCAGUGUGCUGGGAAGGAUUUUGUGACACUGGUUUCGAGGUUGUUGGUGGUGGAGUUGUUUCUUCGUUACGAUUCGUUUGAGAUUCAAGUGGGAACUUCACCGUUGGGUUCUGCUGUUACUCUCACUUCAUUGAAGAGAGCAAGCUUUUAAUUUUUUAUUUUUAUUUUUAUAUUUAGUAGUUAAUUUUGGGGUAGAUGAUGAUGGCUGUAUCUAUGUGUUUUUAUUCGAUUUUUAUGUAUGUUUUGUUUAUACGUGUAGUGUAUAAUUGGACUUUGAA